GGCGCGCUCUGUGCUUCUGGCUGUCCCUGGCCUGGUUGCUUUCGGCAUGGAGGAAAUUUAUGCUAAGUUUGUGUCACAGAAAAUCAGCAAGACCCGCUGGCGACCGGUACCUCCGGGGAGCCUGCAGACCGUGGAGACUUUCGCCACGGGCUCUUGGGACAAUGAGGAAAAUUAUGUUUCACUGUGGUCUAUUGGAGAUUUUGGGAACUUGGACUCUGAUGGAGGAUUUGAAGGAGACCAUCAGUUAUUGUGUGAUAUCAGACAUCAUGGUGAUGUAAUGGAUUUACAAUUUUUUGACCAGGAAAGAAUUGUAGCUGCUUCAUCAACAGGAUGUGUAACAGUUUUCCUUCACCAUCCGAAUAACCAGACUCUGUCAGUCAGCCAGCAGUGGACAAGAGCUCAUUACCACACGGGUCCAGGCAGUCCUUCCUGCAGCAGUGCACCAUGCACAGGUGUUGUGUGCAGCAACCCAGAAAUUGUCACAGUUGGAGAAGAUGGUCGAAUAAAUCUCUUCAGAGCUGAUCACAAGGAAGCUAUAAGAACUAUAGACAAUGCAGAUAGCAGUACACUCCAUGCUGUAACCUUCCUUCGAACUCCUGAGAUUCUUACAGUAAAUUCAAUUGGACAGUUAAAAAUAUGGGAUUUUAGACAACAAGGAAAUGAGCCCUCUCAGAUAUUAUCACUGACUGGUGACCGAGUGCCACUCCACUGUGUUGAUAGACAUCCCAACCAGCAGCAUGUUGUAGCUACCGGUGGUCAGGAUGGAAUGUUAAGUAUUUGGGAUGUUAGACAAGGUACAAUGCCCGUGUCUCUACUGAAGGCUCAUGAAGCUGAAAUGUGGGAAGUUCACUUUCACCCAUCCAACCCAGAUCAUCUAUUUACUUGUUCUGAAGAUGGAUCUCUCUGGCAUUGGGAUGCCUCCACAGAUGUACCUGAGAAAUCAUCACUCUUUCACCAAGGAGGAAGAAAUAGUACUUUUUUGUCUCAUAGCAUUAGUAACCAAGCUAAUGUUCAUCAAUCUCUUAUAAGCUCCUGGCUCAUCACUGACCCUGCCAAAGACCGUAUUGAAAUCACAAGCUUGCUUCCCAACAGGACUUUGUCUGUGAACAGUUUGGAUGUUUUAGGUCCUUGUCUUGUUUGUGGAACCGAUGCAGAAGCAAUUUAUGUUACUAGACAACUUUUUUCAUGAAGAUACUAAAAGAUUUCAUGUAAAACAUAGUUAUAGCCUUUCAAAUUCCAGCUUCUCUGUGCAAAUUUUUAUUAUUGGAAAAUGUGAAAUUUGCAGGGGAAGCAUCCAUAAACUAUUGUUAAUUUUGAUGCCCAGUUUCAGCUUUUGUUAGUUGAAUAUUCUUCUAAUAGUUAGUAUCUAGAGUCUGAUUAAUGACUGAUGGCAAAAGAAUUGGACCGUGUGGAAGAACAUCAGAGGGAUCCUUGUGCUGAUAAAUGCACUGCCUUCAGCACAAUUCUGGACAGCUCAUGGAACCAACUCUUCAUUGUUGAUGUUGCAGGCCUCAAAAAUGUCAAACCACCAAUGGGUUCCUAUCCUUUUUAUCAACGGUGUGUGGGGUAUACCCCUCCCUGGUGGCCUUAGCUAGUAUUUAUUCUUUUUUACUACAAGUAUUUUCUUCAGUUCUUCCACAUUUUAUUUACUUAAUAAUUUUUGUAAACUUUUUUCAGAAAGAAUUGAGAACAAAAAUGGCAAAAUUUUUGUAGUGUUCAAAUUUUUUUAAAGGUAAAAAUGUUUUGACAGUUUCCUUUACUAGAAUGGGUUUGAACAGAACUCCGUCAGCUCCUUAGACCCAACUUUAUUUCUCUUGAAAAGAAAAAAAAGACAAGUACAUUUUUCCUAAGGAUUUUUGCUUUUAUUUAGUUUUACAACAUAGUUGAAAAUUGCUGAAUUGGACAUUGUGCAAUAAAAUAGGAUUUGACAUUGAUAAAUGAGCUGACUUACAAAAGAAUUUGAUAGGUAACAUGCAGAGACUAGUAUGAUGAUGUGGUAGGAGUACAGAGUUUUGCCAUCUUUAUCUUUAAUGUUAAUGAUGACCUAACAUGCAGUGUUUUAAGACAAUUUUAUGAUAUUGUCUUUCUAAAGUUUGUUAGAUUAAAUGCAUUAUUGAACUGUUAAGACCUUAAUGACAAAUCACUCCUAUUACACAAUUGAAGUGUAUGUUUAUUUACUUUACAAUUCCAACAAUAAUUACUAUGAAGUUUUGUCUUUCUGUCCCAAUAAAUAUUUGCAGUUUUUUUAUGCCA